GGACGUCUGCCGUCGAGUGUGCUCCCAAGAUAUGGAAAGAAAAAAGGGACGAACGCCAAAAGGUGAGCCCAGAGCUAAUGAGUUUGAAACCUUUGGCGGGUGGCUGCGGCACUUGCGGGUGUGCCGCAGGGCCAGUGGGCCGGGGGGGCCUACAGGCGCGGCCAAGUCAGAGGGAGACCCCUGCGCGAGUGAUGAGCUGAAGGUUACUGAAUGGAGUGUAGAUGUGGCGCAUUGCCACGCCGCCGGGAAGCCCACAAUGCGCCAAAACACGGGAGACGAUCCACACUUUGGGGGGGCCUAGUGGGCUGACUAGCCUC